UCUUUGAUGCCUGUCUGUUUGUGAAAUAACCAUCUCCUUCGUCUACACAACAAAACCCUAACUUUUGGGCAUUAGACAAACCCCACAACUUUCAUAAUUCACGUCAUAUUCCUGGGCAUAACAUUCCCCGGUAUUACAUUCCUGCCACUAGAUUUGCGCUAUUUCUUCGAAUUCCUCCGGUAACCCUAACCCCAGAAAUAGAAAUGGAGAAAUCUAGUCGAAAAUCGAGGGAGGAGAGAGAAAUCACCGACCACAAGCACCAACAUCGCCACCACAGAUCCUCCAAGGACCACCGCCAUCGCCACCGCAACGAUGCCACCGAAGAAGACGUCGACGAAGAGCACCGCCGCCGAUCGAGGAGAGAGAAAUCGCUCGACGAGGAGGAACAGCAACAUGAUUCGAGAAGAGAGAGAGAAAAGAAGAGGAAAGAUAGGGAGGUGAGUCAGGAAAGAUUCGAUGAUAAGAGGAUUAAGGUAUCAGAUGUCAGGAAGGAACGACAACGCCGUUUCGAUGACGACAACGAUAACAAUAACGAUAACGAUGGAGGAAUUGAUAAGGUGGAUAGGAGAGAGAAGAGGAGUGAUGGUAAAAAUGAUAAUAGUAAUGGGAGUAGGAAGAGGGAGAGGAGGAGAUUUGAUGAUGGAGAUAUUAAGAAAGAUGAUGUUGCUGAGGUUGCUGAGGUUGCUGCUACUUACAAGAGUGGUUCCUUUCACAAUGAUGGUGCUGUGGAAUCCCUCAAUGUGUCAUCAAGAUUUGCAUCUGAAAUUAACCCUGCGAAUAACCAUACUUCUACCAAGGUAUCUUCAAUUUCUACCACCAAUGAAAAUAAGGGAGUUAAUAUUACCGGAUCUCAUGAGGUUACUGGCAAAUCUAGUACAGAUGGGACACCUUCAACUGCUGCCAAGAGUGGAAAUAUAUCCCUUGAUGCUUUAGCAAAAGCUAAAAAAGCUUUGCAGAUGCAGAAGGAACUUGCGGAAAAGCUGAAGAAGAUUCCGUUGUUAAACAGAGGUACUAGCUCAAGCAAUGCUGUCAGCACACAAGUGGGUUCAAAAGAAGAAAUUAGAGCCUCCAGUGCUACUGGGGUUCCACCAACAUCAUCAACAGCCGCCGGCUUGGCUGCUGCUGGAAUGAUGGCAGCUCCCUCUACCUUUCCUGCAGCAGCUUCUGCUAAGCAGGUUGGCAUGAUAGACCCUGCUAAAUUUGAAGCUGUGAAGCGUGCACAGGAACUUGCUGCCAAGAUGGGUUUCCGCCAGGAUACAGAAUUUGCUCCUUUGAUAAAUUGUUUUCCUGGGCAGUCGCCACCUGAUGAGGCAGUGCUUCAAAAGCCUGCAAAGGCUCCCGUUCUUCGCUUGGAUGCUCUCGGUAGGGAAAUUGAUGAGCAUGGAAAUGUUGUCAAUAUAUCUAAACCCAGCAAUUUAAGUACUCUUAAGGUGAAUAUUAACAAGCAGAAAAAAGAUGCAUUUCUGAUUCACAAGCCAGAAUUGGAAGUUGAUCCGGAAACGAAUCCUCAUUAUGAUCCAAGGAUGGGCAUUGACAAAAGCAAGCUUCUUAGGCCCAAGAGAAUGACCUUCCAGUUUGUGGAAGAAGGCAAAUGGUCAAAAGAUGCAGAAAUUAUCAAACUGAAGAGUCAAUUUGGAGAAGCCCAAGCCAAGGAGCUGAAGGCUAAGCAGGCACAGUUGGCUAAGGCAAAGGCAGAGCCGAAUAUUAAUCCAAAUCUGAUUGAGGUGUCAGAAAGAGUUAUCACAAAAGAGAAGCCAAAGGAGUCAAUUCCAGAAGUUGAAUGGUGGGAUGUGCCUCUUUUGCGUUCUGGUGAUUAUGUUGAUAUUGCUAAUGGUGGUAUUAUUGACGAAGAUAAAGUGAAGAUGGAGAAGAUCACAAUCUAUGUUGAGCAUCCUGAACCCAUUGAGCCUCCUGCAGAGCCUGCCCCACCACAACCUCAGCCCCUGAAGCUUACAAAGAAGGAACAGAAGAAACUACGCACACAACGUCGCUUGGCUAAGGAGAAGGAAAGGCAAGAGAUGAUUAGGCAAGGGUUACUUGAGCCCCCAAAACCUAAAGUAAAAAUGAGUAACCUCAUGAAAGUAUUGGGCUCUGAGGCAACCCAGGACCCAACAAAAAUGGAGAUGGAAAUCCGAGCUGCAGCUGCGGAGCGUGAGCAGGCUCAUGUGGAUAGGAACAUUGCUCGCAAACUCACACCUGCUGAGAGACGUGAAAAGAAAGAGAGGAAGCUAUUUGAAGAUUCGAAUACCUUAGAGACUAUUGUAUCGGUUUACAAGAUCAAUGAUCUUUCACAUCCACAAAAUCGGUUUAAAGUUGACAUCAAUGCGCAGGAGAACCGUUUAACUGGUUGUGCUGUCAUUUCUGAGGGUUUUAGUGUUGUGGUUGUUGAAGGUGGGAGCAAAUCCAUCAAGAGGUAUGGGAAACUGAUGCUCCGGCGGAUAAAUUGGGCUGCCAAGCUGGAAACAGAGGAUGAAGAGGAAGAUGAAGAUGAGGAAAAUCCAGCAAAUCAAUGUCUUUUGGUGUGGCAAGGAAGAGCAGCGAAACCAAGUUUUGACAGGUUCUCCAUCAAAGAUUGCAGAACUGAGGCUGCUGCCCGCAAAGUUUUCUUUGAUGCUGGUGUUGGUCACUACUGGGAGUUGGCUGCAAACUUUGUGGAUGACCAGUUUUGAAAAGCCUGGAUAUGUGGUUUUUGUACUGGAGAGUGGUAAGUCAAUAUAGCCCUGUUUGCACCCACUAGUCAAUUACAGAACCAUGCUUUCUGCUGGUGAUAAACAUUCUGAUCAUUUUCUGUUUUUAUGUAAUUAAUAUUGUGGAUUUUCCAGAGCAUACUCUGGAAUGACUGGAGAUAUUAGAUGCAUAAAAUUGCACAUUUUCGGUGAUGACCUGAUUUUCAUUGCUUUCCAUACAUUCGCUCUCGUUGGCUGGUCUUUAUGAAAUAAAGACGGCUGAUUUCGAGUAGAAGUGUAGAACAAUGUAAAUCAAUUGAAGCCUCUAGCGUGAAUGUCCAUCGGAUUAUGGUUGCUCCGACCUACUACUGGUGAACACAUCUGAAGUUUUUUUGUCAACUAAUCUAAUGCCCAGAUUCUGAGCAGUAGCUUUCUGUUCCAUGUUGUGUGUUCUAUUUCUGAAUGAUUAUAACUCCGAGGUUUUUGAUGUGCCUAUGAUCGGAAGUUUUUUCAUCCUUUACCA